ACAGAGUGAAAGUGUGGUGUGUGUGUUUCUCGUCUCCAACCCUGCUUGCUUGGUGCUUUGCCCAAUGCCCAUUUCAUUUUACACCGAAGCAUACCAGAUUCCACUUCCUUUACAUCCACGGCCACGGAGCAUUUGAUUUCUCCCCUUUUUCUUUUUUCUUUUUGCAUUUUCCGAUACACCACUCUAAUCGAUCCAAUUGCAGCUAUGACUGUUGAUCAAAAUCCCAUGAUUUUUGCUUGCGGGUUUGCACGCUUGACAAACAUUUGAUCUUUGUUUUGUUUCUUAUCCUAUACUACCGCCAAAACGCUAAAUCUUGAACCGAACAUUUUUGAGCCUGGCUCUAUCGCCAAAACUUUUGAGAUCCUGCUCGAUUUAUUUAGGGAUUUCACUUUGGGGAUUUGACACUCUGUUCUCCGGGUUUUCACAUAGUUUCAGAUUGUAGUUUGUGAAUUUACUUGGGUUUAGUAGACUUAUGUUGACCCUAUUGGAUUUAUUGGUUAUUUGAGAAGAUAUGGAGUACCUUCCUGUUGAGGUUAUUGGAAAUAUAUUAUCUCGCCUUGGGGCUGCUCGAGAUGUUGUGGUUGCUUCAGCUACUUGUAGAAAGUGGAGAGAGGCUUGGAGGAAUCAUCUGCACACCCUCGCGUUUAACUCAAAUGAUUGGUCUGUGUAUCAUGAACUCACCAGGAGCAGACUUGAGAUCAUUAUAACACAGACAAUUUUUCAGACUAGUGGACUGGAGUGCCUUUCAAUUAUUAUGGAUAAUGUUGAUGAGUUUUCUGCUUCUCCGGUGAUUGCUUGGCUAAUGUAUACAAGAGAAACAUUGCGCCAGUUGCAUUUCAAUGUAAAGACGACACCAAUCAUUAAUAUACUUGAGAAAUGUGGUCGCCAGAAGCUGGAAGUGUUGACACUGGCACAUAAUACGGUAACUGGUGUUGAGCCUAGUUAUCAGAAAUUUCCUUGUUUAAGGUCUCUUUCAUUGAGCCAUGUCGGCAUAUCAGCUUUGGAUUUGAGUCUUUUGCUUACAAUUUGCCCCAAAAUUGAGAUCUUGAAUCUUGUCAGCUUAGAUAUUGUCAUGUCAGAUCCACAGGCAACUAUGGAAUUGAGCAGUAACUCACUUAGUGAUAUCUAUGUUGAAGCAAUUAACUUGGAUAAGAUUACUUUGGAGGCUGAUAGCUUGGAGAAGUUGCAUCUGAAAGAUUGUACACUUGAGGUUUUUGAGCUUGUAAGCAAGGGAGCAUUGAGAUUCCUCAAGAUUGAUGAUGUUAGUGUCAUUCAUCUUGAUAUUGGGGAGAGCACUGAAAAUCUUGAUACUGUGGAUGUUAGUAAUUUCACAAUCAUGUGGUCCAAGUUCCAUCAUAUGAUCUCAAAGUCAUCAAAACUGAGAAGGCUUCGGCUGUGGGGAGUAGUGUUUGAUGAUGAGGAUGAGGUUGUAGAUAUAGAGACAAUUUCUUCUUGCUUUCCCCAGUUAAGUCAUCUAUCCUUAAACUAUGAACUAAGAGAUGCAGCACUUCAGUAUGGCAUGCAAGGUUCUUUUCAGUUUGAAAAUGUGGCUGUUUUGGAGCUUGGUUGGACAGUGAUUAAUGACCUCUUCUCACACUGGGUAGCAGGACUCUUAGAAAGGUGCCCUAACCUCAGGAAGCUAGUUAUUUAUGGGGUUGUGUCAGAGACCAAAACCCAUGACGAAUGCCAUAUACUAGCUAACUUCACAUCCUUCAUUGUAAGGCUUAUGAGGAAGUAUCUACAUGUUGAGGUUCAGUUUGAAUAUGAGUAGAUAUUUGCAACUGCAUGCCACUCUCUGAGUUUGAAGUGAAUUGAGUUGCACGCAAGGAGUAAAUGUAUGAUCUUCAGUGUUGGUUGUCAUUCUUCUGGUCUUCAAAACAUUGUUGAGUCCACAGAAAAUUUGGGUUUUUAAGUAAUUGUAAAUCAUUUUUGUUCUUUGUGUACAAGUUCACAUAAUGUUUGCAUUUAUUGAUUUUCUUUUCAUUCUGAGUUAGUGAUCUUAUGUGCAUUUUACACCAUACUAUUCUUCAUUGGGUAUAAAAUUUCUCUUUACGA